CCAUCGGUUUUGUUCGGCUUCAAAACGAAAAACAACAACGGACUUUCAGUCUCUUUGAUAAUGUAUUUUUCGGUGUUCAAGUUUACUAUGAAUACUUUACAUCUCUCUUUCAUUCUACACUUGCUGCACGCAGUCGCCUUUGAAGAAGCUUUUCGUGCAAGUAAUUCAGGUGUUAUCUCGUUUGGAAACUUCUUUCAUCACAAAGACCACAAGCUUGUUGCAGCGACACUGAAGGACGAAAGAGUCGAGUCUUCUGAUGAAUGCCUAGUUCGAUGCGUCCAAACUCAYGGAUGUUUAUCUGUCAAUGUGAACACAACUGGUGAUGACCAAGGCUUGUAUGUGUGUGAGCUCUUGGCUUCUGACAAAUAUGAAAACCAGUCAAAUUUUAGACCAAGCAAAGGGAUUGACCAUUACAGCAUUGCGAAUCCAUGUGAGAAGAAGCCAUGCCAGCAUCGAGGAAAGUGUGUUCCAUUCUAUACAAACCACACCUACAAAUGUGAAUGUCCUGCAGGCACACUGGGACAAGACUGUCAGAUAACAGGUAACUAUAGGAACUGCACAGACUGAAAAUGGG